AUGUCGGAAAAGAGCUAUGAUCGGAAUAGCACAGGGUCGGUGAGGGUGUCGGAGCGGGCGAGAUGGCCACCGUUGACUCGGAUGCUGAUGUCGGGGGAGAUGAGUGGUGAACGGCCGAAGGAGUUAAACAUGCGCGAGAAGUUCGACAGGUGGAUGGUGAACGAGGGUUACCGACGAUUCUUCGUCUUCGUCUUCGCGGCCAUCCAUCUGAUGGUCUUCUCGUUCGGUUUCAUGAAUUACCAGAUCAAGGACAACUUGACGAUAGCGAGAAGUACCUUCGGCCUCACGUACCCUAUAGCACGUUCCGCGGCGUUGGUGCUACAUUUCGAUGUGGCCAUGAUUCUGUUCCCGGUCUGCAGGACGCUCAUUUCCUUGGCUCGACAAACGCCGCUCAAUGGCAUUAUACAGUUCGACAAGAACAUUACUUUCCAUAUGACCACUGCGUGGUCCAUCGUUUUCUUUUCUUGGGUGCAUACGAUUGCGCAUUGGAACAACUUUGCUCAGAUUUCGGCGAAGAACAGGUUGGGAAUUGGUGGAUUUUUAUUGGCCAACUUCGUUACGGGUCCUGGAUGGACGGGUUAUAUUAUGUUGGUGGCACUCAUGUGCAUGGUGGUGACUUCUGUGGAGAAGAUGCGUCGUGCUAACUUCGAGCGCUUCUGGUACACGCAUCACAUGUUCGUCAUAUUCUUCUUUUUCUGGUCGAUCCACGGAGCCUUCUGUAUGAUUCAGCCCGACUUUGCUCCAUACUGCGUGAGCGUUGGAUCGACAGCCAUUGGAGUCUUCUGGCAGUAUUGGAUGUACGGUGGGUAUAUCUAUCUGUUGGAGAGAAUUGCCCGAGAGAUCCGAGGAAAGCACAAGACCUAUAUCUCGAAAGUUGUUCAACAUCCCAGUAUGGUCUGCGAGAUCCAGAUCAAGAAGGAGAACACAAAGACAAGAGCCGGACAGUACAUCUUUUUCUGCUGUCCUGAGGUCUCCGUCUGGCAAUAUCACCCUUUCACCCUCACCUCUGCACCCGAGGAGGAUUAUAUCUCCAUCCACAUCAGAAUGCAGGGUGAUUUCACGAGAGCAGUUGGACGAGUCCUUGGAUGCGAGCUGGAUAGACCGAAAGGAGACAAGAAGGAUGCUUCACAAGUUGUCAGCGUCAACAAGAAUGGCCCUGCAGCAGAUGGUGUCGACCCAGCAAUCCGUCGUGUCCUUCCUCGCGUAUAUAUCGAUGGUCCAUUCGGUUCAGCAUCUGAAGAUGUGUUUAAGUAUGAGAUCGCCGUUCUAGUGGGAGCAGGUAUCGGUGUCACGCCCUUCGCAUCAAUCUUGAAAUCCAUCUGGUACCGAAUGAACUACCCACAAAAGAAGACGCGCCUCAGCAAAGUCUACUUCUUCUGGAUCUGCAGAGAUUUCGGCUCCUUCGAAUGGUUCCGCUCCCUCCUCCUUGCCAUCGAAGCCCAAGACAUGGACAACCACAUCGAGAUCCACACCUACCUAACCGCCAAGAUCAAGGUCGACGACGCCACAAACAUUAUGAUCAACGAUGCCAACGCAGACCGCGACGCCAUCACGGGACUGCGGGCGCCGACCAACUUCGGCAGACCGAACUGGGACAUGGUGUUCAAGAGCAUCCGCAAGAUCCACAGUCCGGCGGAGGCCGGUGUUUUCUUUUGUGGGCCGAAAGUGUUGGGAAGUCAAUUGCAUAUUAAGUGUAACAUGUACACGGAGCCCGGCUUCCAAUUCUCCUGGGGCAAAGAAAAUUUCUAG